AAACUCACAAAUGAGGUAUUAGAAUGAAAUUGCCUAUCAUGUUUGAGAGAUUUCGACUCAGCUUUUGAAGCUAAAUAAAGGAGAUAUUGAUCAGUUAGGGGUUGGGAAUGGACAGAGACGAGGAGCAUUUCGUCUUCUUCGGAACACCGAUAGAGAGAGAGGAAGACGCUAUCAGCCGGAAGCAGAAGGCCGUCGCUGAGGCCUCCGGACAAUUGCGCACCCUUCCAGCUUGGAAGCAAGAGGUCAGAGAUGAAGAGGGCAGAAGAAGAUUUCAUGGUGCAUUUACUGGCGGCUUUUCUGCAGGAUAUUACAAUACAGCUGGAUCAAAAGAAGGAUGGACCCCACAGUCAUUUUCAUCAUCUCGGAAAAGUAGAGCAGAGUUCAAGCAGCAAAGCAUUUAUAACUUUUUGGAUGAUGAUGAGAAAGAUGAAAUGCAAGGUCGCCUGGAGACAUCAUCAGAGUAUGAUACAUUUGGAUUUACUGCAUCUGAACUUGCUCGCAAACAAGCUGAGAAGGAUCAAAACCAGAGCAGGCCAUCAGCUAUUCCUGGACCUGUUCCUGAUGAGCUAUUAAUCUCUGCAACUGAGUCAAUUGGAGCAAAAUUACUGCUGAAGAUGGGAUGGCGGCGUGGUCGUUCAAUCAAGGCCUCAAAUGCUGAUUCACUGUAUGAGGCUCGCAGAGAAGCCAGAAAAGCCUUUUUGACACUUUCCUCUGAUGACACAAAAGAUCAACCUGUGGAAUUUGAACAGUUCGAGAAUUGUAUUCAUCUCCCUGAUCUGCCAGCUGAAGAUGAUAGUCAGUUUUUUAAAAGUACACCGGAUUUCGUCCUUAAUCCGAAACAAGACCUUUAUGGCUUAGGGUAUGAUCCGUACAAACAUGCUCCUGAAUUUAGAGAAAAUAAGAGAUCACGCAUAUCUGGAAACAAAGGCAUGAGGCAUCAAGGGUCUCUCCCGUCAAAGGAUAGUCUAUUUGGUUUUAAAUCUGGAAAGGUUGCACCUGGCUUUGGAAUUGGGGCUCUUGAGGAGUUGGAUGUUGAAGAUGAAGACGUGUAUGCUUCAGGUUUUGAAAUAGAAGGCUCAUAUGUUGAGGAUGUUGAAGACCCUGUAAUACCUACCGUGGAGAAGGUUAAGAUGUUGGAUGAUAAAAAACACGAUGCUCUACCUGGGUUUAAGGCUGCCUCAAAUUCUGAGUAUCAGUUAGAAAGAUUUGUUCCUCCAGUGGUCCCAAAAGAUUAUGUCCCCUUUCACAAGUUCACAGUUCCCCUUGAAGUGGGAAAUAGAGUUGCCGAACCUCCACCCCCGGAGGUUCCGCCUCCAGAGGAUAAGAACCAAAGACUCUUAAUUGAGGGGUUAGCGAGUUUGGUAGCUCGUGCUGGUAAGCUAUUUGAGGAUCUUUCUCGAGAAAAGAACCAGUCAAACCCUUUGUUUGGCUUUCUUACUGGAGGGAGUGGACAUGGGUACUAUAUAAGAAAGCUUUGGGAGGCGAGACAGAAGCAAAAAAAUCAACCGGGAAAGCAUUUGGAAGUCAAGUUGCAUCAAAAUUCACAGAAAUUGACAGCAGAGAGCCGUGGAAACAUUUUAGGAGAGAAGCCUCUAGAAAGAACUUUGAGAGAGGCAAGCUGUAUUGUAACUCCUGAUGCUGUCAGUUUCCAGUCCAGUCUCAUGGAAACAUUUACCUCGUCCUCAUCGAUGGAUGAGGUGCCUGAAGCUAGAAAGCCUUUCCGAUAUGAUCCAGAAAAACAAGAAAGAUUUGAAAACUUCUUGAAGGAGAAAUAUCAAGGAGGUCUUCGCCCUAAAGAUUCAGGAGGAUCUAGUACAAUGUCAGAGGCAGCCCGUGCUCGGGAAAGGUUAGAAUUUGAGGCUGUCGCUGAGGCUAUACAGAAAGGUAAGUGGGGGAAAGAAAGCAAAUCCUCGAAUGAGUUCUCAGACACGAUAGCUAUAGCCGCAUCAAGAUUCACUUAUAGCACAGUUGAGAACACUCAACACGAUCUCAGUGAAGACUUGGCUAAAAAGAAAGUGUAUCCUAAAAGGGAAGAGUUUCAAUGGCGACCUUCUCCUAUUCUUUGCAAGCGUUUUGAUCUAACUGACCCCUGCAUGGGCAAGCCACCAGUAGCCCCACGCGCAAGGAGCAAAAUGGAUUCUCUUGUGUUCAUGACAGAUUCUGUUAAAAGCACAAAGGUGAAGGAGUGUGUUAAUGGUAUGAGACUUUCUGUUCCUGAGGCCACCAAAGAUGAAACAAGAGAAACUUCUAGAGAAGAGGAUGAGGUUGAUAUAGAAGUUGAAAAUGUUGAAAGGCCUGUUGAUUUAUACAAGGCUAUAUUUUCUGAUGAUUCUGAUGAUGAGGGAACAAUGGAUCGGAUCACAGUGGAGGAGCCUAAAAAGGUGGAUGCUGCUAAUACAACUCUAAACCGUUUAAUAGCCGGUGACUUUUUAGAAUCAUUAGGUAAGGAGCUAGGUCUUGAAGUCCCCCCUGAUGCUGCACCUUUCCAAGAAACCAAGCCCACCACUGCAGACAAGGAUAGGACUACUACUACUACUACUAAUUUUCAUAUUACAGAAGAGGCUGGCACUCGAUCUAAUAGGAGGGAAACAUGUUCCCCAGAUCAUAAUGCUACAAACCUACUCUCAUCUCAUACAAACAGAAAUAUUCCCCCAAAAGGUCAGACUGAUUUGAACACAAGAACUGAAGAUAGUCAGCAUCGUGGUUGGAGCAGUGGUUCAUCAUCAGAGGAUAAGAGGGAUGAUAAACGGAAGCGCCAUAGGAGACGAAGAUCUAGUUACAGUUCGGAUAGUGAUUCAUCUGAGGUUUAUAGAGGCCGAAAGUCCAAAACGUCCAAAAGAGAGAAGAAGCGAUCAUCAAGGGACUCGAAGCACCAUAAGCAUCGGAGGAGGGGAUCACCCCCCUCCAGCAGCCGAUCUUAUCAUGGUUCUGGAAAAGAUGGUGACGGAGAAUCCUCCAGAAGAGAGAAGAAGCACAGACACUAAGAAUGAGGGUAUGUUUGGUUAAGAUUUUUCUGAUGGGAUAGAAAGCUAACAUUUCAUCUUCCUUAUUUUCCCAUCGUCCUGGUUCGGUCGAGAGUCCACUCUCCUCUCAUCGCCUUGCCUUUUUCCUUAAAUCAAACACAUCAUUAGGGAAUCAAAUCUAUCUUCACAUAAAUGAAGUUCGACUUUGUUGCUUGAGCCAUUGUGGUUUCCCUUGAAUUGCCUCAUUAGAAUCCAUUUUGGGCUCAAUUUGCAUGCAAUGUGGGUACUUGCUCUUCUGAGAAUUCUGAAAGUGAGUUAUUGCUGGUAGACAACAAUAUAACUUGGGCUGUAAUAAGCUAUAGAGUUAACAAAGAAAUUGACAUUUGUGCUUUGCCCAUCCGAUCACGCCUUUCAGAAGCACGAUAAACAUGGCUGUGAAAUACGUCUAUGUAAAACAGUUGUCCAAAAAGUUCUAGGUUUUCAAGAAGUUCCAGAGAUGUCAUCAUGGUGUAGAAACAAAAAGUUAUAGGUUUUAAAUUUAAUUUUUAAUAUUACCAACUAUGUUAAUACGGAGUAUAAUAAAAGUGGCACACAGUCCUUUUUCCACUGGUGAAGAG